UUCCUUAAUUACUCUAUGGCUAUUCCUUUCGAUUGCAAGGGCAACUCCAAUUCCUCAAAGCAUGCUACUCUCUUUUUAGUACUCAUUUUAUUGUUUAGCACUAGAGCAUGUUGUGAUGAUCAUCCACGUGCAUCUAAGGGGAUCAAUUGCUUGGAGAGUGAAAGAAGAGCUCUACUUGCCAUCAAGUCUGACAUGUAUCAUGACUCUUCUUACCAGUGGCUUUCUUCUUGGACCGGUUACGAGUGUUGCAAGUGGAGAGGAGUCACUUGUGACAACGCCACCAGCCAUGUCAUUAUGCUUGACCUUCACUUUGAUCAAUAUUCUUUACUUCCCAAUGAAAAAAACAUUGGCAGGCUUCACAACUUGAUGCAUUUUGAUGCUUCUACGAAUAACUUGAUGGGGCAAAUACCAUUGAGUUUGGGUGAUCUAUGCAACUUGGAAUAUCUUGCUUUGUACGAGAAUAAUAUUGGUGGAGAAUUAACAAAUCUACUUGAUGGUUUGUCUAAAUGCCCAGAAGGAUCCAACUUAGGGUACUUGAACAUUUAUGACAACAAGUUGAGUGGGUUGGCUCCUUCAAAUCCCUGGCAAUUAGCUCAACUGGAAUACUUGGAUAUCUCAUCCAAUUCAUUACGGGGCAAUAUGACUGAUGCUCACUUCUCCAAGCUCACUAACUUGCAGUAUUUGAAUAUGUCUUAUAACUCUUUGAAUUUGAUUUUUUCUGAUGAUUGGCUUCCUCCUUUUCAUGCUGUCUGGGUUGAUAUGAGCUAUUGUCAUUUGGGAACUAGAUUUCCUUCCUGGAUUCAAACGCAAACAACUUUAAUGAGAUUAUGUUUAUCUGGUGUUGGACUCUUUGGACCUAUUCCAGCUUGGUUCUCAGAUUUCAUAUUAGAAAAUUAUCUUGGCUACCUAGACUUAAGCUCGAAUGAAUUGAAUGGCGAGUUACCUUCUAUUCUUUGUAAACAUACAGAUCUCACCAAUAACUCCUUUGAAGGACUGACUUUCUUCAGCUUUGUGGGGUAUGAAGUUUUAAAGUUGUCGAAUAAUCAUAUCAGUGGUAGGCUUCCAUCUAUAUUUUGCAACAUUACUUCUCUAUUUAUACUCGAUCUAUCCAACAACUAUUUAUCUGGAGAAAUACCAAAUUGCUAUGGCUCAUAUCCAUAUUAUCGACUGCUAUUUCUGCACUUGGGAAAUAAUAAUUUGUCCGGACCAUUUCCUUCCUUUUUGAAAAAUUGUAAGUAUUUAGUUACCCUUGAUCUUGGCGGGAAUGGAUUUUCUGGUGAAAUACCAAGGUGGGUGGGAGGGGCCCUCUCAGAUCUGAGGUUUCUUCGUUUGAGCUCGAACUCAUUCCAUGGAGUUAUUCCAAACAGCAUAACAAAUUUGUCUUCCCUUCAAAUUUUGGAUCUUUCCUCCAACAAACUUUUUGGGAGAAUACCUUCAUCCCUUGGCAAUUUCAGUCAUAUGGUUGUUAAACAAAACUAUACCGAGAAUUUGUUUCGAUUGCCUUACAAAGGAAUUAUAUAUUAUGAUGACAACAUCAUUAUAACUGCAAAAGGGUCAACCAAUGAAUACACCAAAGCUCUCAGGGUUGUGACAAGUAUAGACUUGUCGAACAAUGAUCUUUUUGGUGAGAUUCCUAAAGAGAUCACAAAGCUCCUGGGAUUGUGCUUCCUCAACUUGUCCAACAACCAUUUGACGGGAAGGAUUCCAGAAAAUAUUAGCGCCAUGACAGAAUUGGAGUCUCUUGACUUGUCAAUGAACCGUUUAAGUGGAGAAAUUCCAUCCGGACUAUCUACUUUAAAUUUUCUGUGCUUCUUGAAUCUCUCCCAUAAUAACUUGUCAGGAAGAAUCCCAACGGGAAGUCAAUUUUCAACCUUCAGUGGCUCCAGCUAUGCCAACAACAUGGGCCUUUGUGGUGUGCCACUUCCAGAGUGUCCCAGUGAUGGAGCUCAUCAAUCACCAUCUAAAGCAGGAGAUGAAGAAUAUGAUGAGAAGCUUGAAAGAAUUCUAGAAUACGCCUUUGUUGUUGUGGGAUUCAUAGUUGGAUUUUGGGCAUAUUUGAGCGUAAUAUUCAUGAAAAAGUCCCCAAGAAUUACUCUCUUCCGGAUGGUGGAUAAGAUGCAUGAUUGGAUGUAUGAGUUUGGAGUGCUCAAGUCAAAAAGGUAAAAACGCGCUUAAGCCCUUGGAGUUUUCCAUGUACUUGAUCAUAUUUAGUUGUGAAUUGUCUAUGAUGAAAGUGUGGUGUGAAAGUUAAAACAAUAAAAGCUAAAGUUUGCAUGGUGUAAUGAUAUUAUCCUACCGUUAUCAUAUAUAUUUAAUCCAUUAGGUUAA